CAGCAGCAGAAGCCUGUUUUGGGUACUUUAACAAGACUUUUGUACAAGGAUUUCCUUCUGAUAAUUCAGCUCCUGAGCAGUAACAGGAGCUCAGGAGAGCAGCGGCAGUAGCAGCUUUGAGUGCUUGGGUUGUCUCGCCGUGACGACGAAGCAGUCAAUUCCCCCUCCAUUCAAUCAUCCAAUCAGAGGGUCGACUUGUCAAAUGAUCAUAGCUGCUGAAUCGCCCCCACGAACACACACGCGCUCUUCUUUUUAAUCACACCGGAUCGUUUUUUCUUGUCUCGCUCCGCUCGCUUCGUUUUACUAAACUCCCCCUCUCCGGCAUUGCUAGAUUUCUCUUCUUCUUCUUUGAUCCAAUCCAUACAUCCUUUGCUAGCUUUCCAGUGGAAGCUCGAACAAUACCAAAAGUUUGAUCUUCCCCAUCCCGGCGCGCCAAGUGUACCAUCAAAUCCAGGAGACCAUCAUUUGAUCUUGCUCGCAAGGAGAGAGAAACCAGCACAAAAGCGAGAAAAAGGAGGGUUUUUGAUUCACAACGCAAUGGUCGUCGCGUCCUCGAGCUUAUCCCCAAAAGAUCGAGCGGUGGGCUCUCUUCUUGAAUGAAGGCCAGUGACAGGAGGAAGAAUCUUUCCAAGGUUUGGUUUUUGUCCCGACUGGACAUCACACUUCUCUCUCCCCUCUACGUCCUCUCUUUCUCCUCUCUAGAUAGAGCUCUCUCAAGAACUGGAUUGGAUCCAAGCACAAGAACGUCACCGAGCCUCCAGUGCUACCGAGGGCCGCAUCUUCUGUACAGUCUAGUGGGUUUCCUUCCUUGCCACAGUGUGGUGGAGCGAUCUUAGGAUCCAAAUGCGCGGCUAUGGAGCUUGAGAAGAAGACUCACAAAGCAUAAGCUUCUUGGAUCAAGUAAGCAUCGCACAGCAGCUCAAGCGUUGAGGUGAUCUUCCGCGAAGCAGAAAGUUUCCAUGGCUGGAAUUCCAGGAUCUUUCCAGCACCAGCUCCAGCUCCUCCACCAGCAGCAGCAACAGCAACAGCAGCAGCAGCAGCAGCAGCAGCAGCAUCACCAACACCAUCACCUCGGCGGCGGCGGCCACUCGAACGACGACGACGAGAAUCACUCGAACAACAGCAGCGGGGGCAGCAAAGGCGGUGGCGGAGUCGUGGGCGGAGGACGGAUCAACAACAACAACAGCAACUCCAAAGGAAUUAACAACAACAACAACAACGCCGCGCUCCUCCAGGCCGGCUCUUCGUCCUCCUCGCUGCUGCUCAAAGAUCACAGCCACAGCGGCGGUGGCGGCGGCGGCGGCGGCGGCGCAGGCGGCGUUGGUGGCGGCGAGGUGGUAGUACGCAAACCGCGCGGACGACCGCCGGGCUCCAAGAACAAGCCCAAGCCGCCCAUCAUCAUUACGCGCGACUCGGGCAACGCGAUGCGCCCCCACGUCCUGGAGAUCGCCGGCGGCUGUGACGUGGGCGAGACGCUGGCGGCAUUCGCGCGACGCCGGGCUCGCGGACUUUGCGUACUGGGCGGUAGCGGUACCGUGGCCAACGUGACGCUGCGGCAGCUGGCGGCGCCGGGAUCCACUGUCACCUUUCACGGUAGAUUCGAGAUUCUUAGCAUAUCCGGUGCCUUUUUACCGCCGCCAGCCCCGGUCGCGGUCGCGGGGCUGACGGUGGCACUGGCCGGGGCGCAACAGGGGCAGGUCUUAGGGGGCAGCGUGGUCGGGGUGCUCAUGGCGGCUAGCCCGGUACUAGUUAUCGCCGCGUCAUUUGUAGGGGCGACGUACGAUCGGCUGCCAUUGGAUGAGAGCCUCGAGACAGGUGGCGAGAAUCCGGGCGUCCAAGGGAACCAUCACCUGGUGAAUGUGUCGCCCGGUGGGCCUGGGGGAGGCUCAGGUGGGGCGAGCCAGCAGGAGAUGGCCUUGUUAAACCUGGCACAGAAUUCACUGGGGCAGUUGCCACCUGAAGUCUUGGCCUGGGCAGCAGCUGGGAAUAGGCCACCAUUUUGAUGAAUCUCUCUUUUUUUUUUCCUUCUUUUUCUCCUUUUUUUCCUGCUUUGUUUGUUGUCCAAGUUCCUUCGGGAGGGAAUUUCCAGGGUUUUUUUUGCUGCUGCUGGAGGAGUGAGUUCUUUCCUUUCCCAAGUUCUUGGAGGGGCAAAAUCUCAUCUUUGAGACCUAUCAAGGUGAGAGAGAUCACAGAGAGAGAAGACAACAAAAAACUUUCCAAGAUCUUCUACUUGUUCUCUUUCUUCUAACUUAGCAUAUAAGAGUGAGCCCACAGGUAUGGGAUCUCACCAAAGUAAAAUUAUUUCUCUUUCUUCUUCUUCUUGGUUUUCCUUGGGACUGUAUAACAUCAAUUUGACAUUCUUUUCUCUCC